AUGAUCAUUGUGAUGCUCGGCUCUGAUGGUGGAUCCCACAUAUUGGUGAAUAACCUGGGAAACACAUCGUUGCCAGAAUUCAAGGUGGAGAAGGAAUUGAACCAGGCCUGUACAGCAGGAGGCUCUCUCAACCUCAUCCCUCAGCUUUCUCAGAUCCUUGCAGCUGACCUGGAAAAGGGCCACAAGAACUUUGGCAUCUUAUCCGGAAUUCCUUUCACCGAUAAACUGUUUGGAUUUUAUUGUUCUAAAUAUGUGUUUCAGCUGGUGCUCUCAGAUCUAUCAUGUGAAGAAAAUGAAAUGUGUGCAAAUUAUGAUGACCAGCAUUCUGAUGGCUGGUAUAUCUGGUUCCUACUGAUGAUACUCUUGGUGGUUCUCCUCUGUGGAGUAGUGCUUCUCUGUCUCCGGUCCUGGCUGAAAAGGUGCCGAACAGACGAUCCUCCCAGACGCACCGUGGCUGUUUUUGCUGUUGGAGACCUGGAUCUCAUUUAUGAGACAGAAAUGGCUGGAAGUCCAACAUCUGGAAUAGGCCUCCCUGCUCCAAACACUGAACUGGGUCCUGCUCCAUGUUUUAGUGCCUUAGGUCCUCCACCUCCAUAUGAAGAGACUCUUAAAACAAACUGA